AUGGCGGAGAGUGGCUCCCCAGGCCGCCCGCGUGGCGUGCGCCUACCGCGAGCCUCCUCCCCCAUGGGGUCAUUGUACCGCCCUUGACCCCUCCGCACACUUACCCAUAACUGCAGGGGAUUGGAUAUCCCAGAGCGGAGGACACACCUUCUGCGGGAACUCCGACAAAAGCGAAUCUCAAUAGCUCUCCUCCAGGAAACUCACUUCCGAGAAGACUCCGCCCUGACCAUCAGGGACAGAAGGUACUCACAAACGUACCUCAGCAACCAUCACUCAUCUAAGAAGGCAGGAGUAGCAAUACUUCUCAUCACAAAGCUGGGUUUCAUGGAAACGGAUAAAAUCUUAGACCCGGAGGGACGCUACGUCUUCCUGAAAGGCACAAUAACAAACAGAACCUACACUCUAGCGUGUGUAUAUGCCCCCAACCGGAACCAAUCACAGUUCAUUCGCAGAACACUGAGCACACUGGCUGACUUCACGGAGGGAACCCUCAUACUAGGUGGUGAUCUCAAUGUCCCCCUGGACCCCCACUUAGAUACCUCCACAGGACGAAGUAGCAUUCCACAGAGAGAAAUCCGAAGUACUCUGAGAGCCCUCAGAUGCCAAAGGUUGGUGGAUUGCUGGAGAGUCCUACAUCCCACGGUAAAAGAUUAUACACACUACUCGUGGGUCCACGCGAGAUACUCGAGGAUUGACUACGUGUUUCUCUAGCAGGAACAGCUCACCGCACUACAAGGGGUAACCAUCGAGGCUGCCACGUGGUCUGACCAUGGGGCGGUCACAAUGGAACAGGACUCCCCACUGAUAAGACCGAGGGUGAUGACCUGGAGGCUAAAUGACACCCUGUUGGAGGAUGUAGAAAUUAGGGAUAAAAUCGCAGAAGCCUUGGAUGAUUACUUCUCACACAACGAAAAUGGAGAUACCCCGUCCACUACCACCUGGGAAGCCCAUAAAUGCGUCCUGAGAUGCUACAUAAUUCAACUGGCAACGAAGAAGAAAAAGGAUGCCCAACGACAGAUAGCGGAACUCCUCAAUGGAAUCGGGGAUAUCGAGGCACGCCCCAAUUAUACAGCCAUUCUUGAACCAGAUCAGCGCAAAAAUCACAGAGAUCCUUCGGGAACCAUUCCCCCUCAAUAUAGAGCAACACUUACUACAUUUGACGAAAAGGCCAAUCUCACAAUACAAAAAAUCCAUAUUGAGACACCUGCUGGACGCAGCUAAGGCGCUCAUACCCGUAAUGUGGAAACAGACACAGUCCCUAACGCUAACCCAAUGGUACAAUAGAGUGGAGGAGAUUCGCUCAGCAGAGAAUGGGAGGGCGUCCCUUGCGGGACAAAGCGAAAAAUAUGUGGUGCGGUGGGGGACGUGGCUGGGGCACGUCGCCGGGAGGCGGGGGGUCGCUGUCACGACCCCACACGCUGA